CCUUAAGUUCUUUUCAAUUGAAUUUUAUAGUGGGCCAGACAAUCUAAGGAAAGUGACGUGCUUUAUAUGUUUUUCAUUGAUAUGUUCACGGACGAGACUGAAGGACACAAAUUGGGAUCACCAUGAAGUCUGGCUGCCAUAAGAGUGCUAAUUGGAAUGAAAUAAAGGCUGAAUGCUGACAGUGAUCAAUAAAGUGGGAGAGGUACAUUUUAGAAACGCAUGGCUGUGUAUGGUGUGGGAAUACCCUGUGAAGCCUGUACUGCCUGUGAAUUUCAAUGUCCUUCUGAAGAGGAUUUCAGACAGGCUGCACAACCGCUUCUCAUCUAUGGAAUACAUUGAACCGAAGGGCUGCUGAGAUAGAAUGGAAAUCAGCCUCUGCUUUUCAGAACAUGCAGCAGCAUCAGCUCGUGACAUCUAGCAUUAAGGAGCUAGACUACCUAAAAGUUACUUCCAUUUUAUUGCUUUCCAAGCACACUAGCCAAAAUGUCGGGCUACAAGCUGCCCUUUCUAGGCUGGGUGGGAAAUGAAUUGGCAAGAAUGAAACUUGAAGAUAUUCGUAAAUAACUGACACGCCUGGGAAUGGACCAAGUUUUCUACCGACUAGAGCAAGAUUCUCAGUUCAAGCCAAAAUAUUUCCAUCAUGAAUUUGAGGAAGUGAUGAAGAAGAAAAAGACUUUGUGGAAUUGCCUGUUUCCAUUUUCCUGGACAAUGGAUGGAGAGACUUUGCCCUCUACAAUGUUACCCACACUGAACGCUUCCUACGGCUCAUCCAUCACUUUAGAGCAAAAGACAACAUUUGCUUUUGUGAUUCUGUUAUUCAUUAUUUUGGGCGUGCUCAUUGUCAGGUGUUUUAGGAUUCUCCUUGAUCCUUACCGAAGUAUGCCAACUUCUACCUGGGCAGAUGGAGUUGAUGGACUUGAAAAAGGACAAUUUGACUAUGCUCUUGCAUAGUGACCAUAAACAGCUUAUUUAAUACACAUUGCAGAAAAUACACAAUAUAGAUAUAAUUAUUAGAAACAAGACAGAGCUAUUAUCCAAAUGUCGCAACACUGACAAGAGCUAAUUUUGUAGAAAAUAAGACAAAUAACCUUUAUUGUUGCAGGGAUUUUUUUAAAUAAACAUUAUACUAUUGCAACUAGCCAUUUUUUUCUUCAAAUAUACCAAUAGGUAGACUACCAUUCUAAAUGAGAGCAUAAAAACACUAAACUUCAAUAUUAUUCGCUUAUUGCAGUUUGUCUCAAUAUUUCUCAACAGGCUCUAAAUUUAGGGACUCCUUAACAUAUGGUUAAAAAGAAACAAACAAGUCUGCCAUUGUCAAAAACUAUAUUGUGGAUUUUGUUAAGUUGAACAAGAAUGAAUAAAAUAGAU